AUGCCCGUUGAGCCUGAGGUGUUGCCGCAACCCUCGCGCUUGCCACCCGACGAGGCGCUUGAUGUCAUCUGGGGACUUGUUCGUUACAUCCUCAUAUUUCUGGUUGUCGUUUUUGGUAUUGUUCCUGCCCUGUGCGGUACGGUGUUUCCGCCCUUUUUUGCACUGUGGGAUGUGUUGUCGGGGGUUUCGCCUUACGCAUGGGGGUCAGUGGGAAUAGGGAUUGGUAUCUCACUCUCUAUCAUCGGCGCCGCCUGGGGAAUCUUGACGACAGCAGCUUCCAUCAGUGGAGCAGCUAUUCGUGCGCCGGAGAUACGCAGCAAGAAUUUAAUCUCAAUUAUCUUUUGUGAGGCCGUGGCCAUUUACGGCGUUAUCUUAUCGAUUAUCAUGAUGGGGAAACUGGAGGCAAAGGCCAAUGCAAUUGACGAAACUGGAAAGUACGCUUAUAAAGCUGCUGCAGCUGGAUUUACUCUAUUUGCUGCAGGUUUAGCAGUCGGGAUAGGAAACAUGUCAUGUGGUGUUGCAGUUGGGGUUGUCGGGAGCAGCUGCGCCAUUGCGGAUGCACACAGCAGUUCCCUUUUCGUGAAGGUCCUAGUGAUUGAGAUCUUUGCCUCUGCCCUUGGGAUAUUUGCUGUGAUUGUUGGAAUUUUAAUGGCACAAAAGGCGGUGAUGAUCUAG